AUGGGCUCGAUACACGCAAGCAGGUUCAAUGUGAAGUGCAUUGCAGUGAUUGGCGCCGGUCCCGCCGGGCUGGCCGCGGCCAAAUACCUUCGAGCCCAAGGCACAUAUGACCGGAUAACAAUCUUUGAGCAGCAAGCAGAGGUUGGCGGUGUAUGGAACUUGGACGCCGUCGUACCGGCUCCGAAUCCUAUUCCCCAGACCAGCCCGUUUUACCCUCCAGAUGAACCGGUCCGUGUGCCGCAGGAGAAGUUCCCAAUAUUUCCGUCGCCCAUGUACAACAAACUACAUGCCAAUAUCCCCAAAUCCAUCAUGAUGUUCUCGGAUUUGGAAUUUCCGCGAAAGUCAUGGAUAUUCCCCAGCCGUCACGAUGUGCAAGACUACCUGGUUAAAUAUUCCUUGGAUGUGCGCCACUUGGUCAAGUUCUGCUCUCAGGUAAAACGCGUCCUUCUGCAGCCUGAAAAUGGCCAAGAUCGAUGGCGGGUGAUGGCUCAGUCGACUCUCGACGGACGAGUCAGUGAAGAGGUGUUUGACGCCGUUGUCGUGGCGAAUGGGCACUACUCGACCCCCUUCGUGCCGGAUAUCAAGAAUAUAAUGGACUUCCAUCGGACACAUCCCUCCGUCAUCACUCACUCCAAGAGCUAUCAUUCUGCGGAUAUAUUCAGAGGGAAAAAGACCCUCAUCGUUGGCAACGGACCAUCGGGACUAGACAUUGCGCAUCAAAUCAACCAUGUCUCCAAGGGACAAACCAUUCUGUCGGUCAGACAUGAGACACCGCCGAAAAGGCUGCAGCACACUGGCUGUCGAGAGAUUGCCGAGAUUGACGAGUUUCUCGUCGACCGGAGGGGCGUGAGACUCAAAGACGGGCUCGUGGAAGCCGACAUUGACGCCGUCGUCUUCUGCACGGGGUUCCGGUACAGUUUCCCGUUCCUCGACAAGCUGGAAAAGGAACUCAUCACCAAUGGGUCUUGCGUACAUGGCCUAUACAAACACCUGAUUUACAUUCAACAUCCUACACUUGUCUUCCCCGCGCUCAAUACGCGGGUUGUUCCGUUUCCGGUAUCCGAAGCGCAGGCAGCGGUAUUUUCAGCCGUGUGGUCUAACCACCUGCACCUCCCGUCCAAACCCGAAAUGCUGAGGUGGAACAAAGCGGCAGAGGAGGCUGGCGAUGAGCUGCACAUCAUGGCCGACGGCCAAGACGGCGUCUACUUGAACGAGCUGCAUGAUUACGCCAUGACUGCCUCAAAAUUAGGCAAGGAGCCGCCGAGGUGGGGGGAUGAGCAGUUUUGGAUUCGAAGGAUAAUCCUUGACGCCAAAAUGGCAUUUGAGGACCAAGGCUGCGAGGCAACAACUUUGGAGGAGUUGGGGUCCGAAUUCCUUCAAGAGGAAGAUGGGUGA